AUGCGCCGCCCGAAACACGACAGAAGCAACUUUGCGGAAAUCGAAAUGAAAGAGCGUAAGAAGAGCAAGAAAGACAGCAUAAUUGGCGGUCAGAAUCUGGAAACGCUACUUGCAUCGACGUCGCUCAUAGGACCCUUGGUAGCGCUCACUGCAGUGUUGAUCGGCCUCGUUAUCGAUCGCAGAAUGUCAGACAACAACUCAACAUAUUCACUUGACAAUCACACAGCAUUGCCGCUUGGAACUGCUUACUUUGUAAACUGUUCCUCAACAACACUCGUCUAUAUCGCCUCUCUGUCAUCAACACUCGCGACUCUUUUGAUCGGACCAGCUAUGCUGCUUUUCUCGUUUUCUUUGGCGCGUGACAUUGGAAAAAAUUCUGAUGAAGGAGCAAUAUCGAAGCUGCCAUCUCCAUAUCAACUAGAAUUGCUAAUAAGACUUAUCGAUGGAAAAUUGAUGGUGCUCUGGUCCUACCUACUAUACAUCUGUGGAAGGAGAGGGCGUAGGAUAAACAUCGUGCCCGUCCUCUGGCACGCAUGUUCAAUGCUAGUGGCUUUGGUACUGCUAGCGAUAUUAACAUCUUUGGCCGAUCUCUGGCUGCACCUGGGCACAAAGUCGGUAUUGUAUCUCGAGCUCAGACCUGAGCAACUUACUCCAGAUCUCAAUCCAGGGCGAGCACUCCACCCAAGUUGCUUGGACGGUUCUGGUGAUUAUCGUGCGCCGAAAGCUUGCAUCAUCCGACGCGGAGACGCAGUGAAAACACCAACUCUCGUCAAUCGAACUGAAUUUGUCAUGACCGCGACGAAUUAUUCUAAGAUCAACCAAAUUUACAUGAGCGAUGGUUUCACUCUCCUUGGCCCUUCUAAUCCUCCGAUUGACCUUGAUUUUCAAGCGGAUACUUUCGGUUCGCAAACCUCGUGUCGGCCGGUUACCGGCCUUUGCGGUGCCAAUAAUACGAAAGGCGUACGACGUGACAAGCCUAGUGACUACAACUUCGCAUGUAACGCCUCUGUCGCUGGUCUGAAUAUGACUGGGAAUUUCUUAAGGGUGCUUGCACCAGCGACGGGCGAUUCGAUCGAGCUAAAUGUGACCGACGGCAGUGAUGGCCAGAAAGUAGAAGAUGGAUUCUCGCCAGCGUUCUUCGUCCUGGGUGGAAAUACGAUUGCUAGAAACACAUAUGCCAUCGGUUUUCAAUACUUCCAUGACAGACAGAAGCUUCUCCAACGUGAAACGCCCGAUUCAUAUUACGGGUUGAGCUGGGACGAUGCGAAAGACUCUCAUCUGCAUUGGGCAGUAGUCUGGCGUACAGAUUUUGAUUCUUCGUUCGCAAGUUAUGGGGAAGGAGACAAUAAUCCGAACGAUGUAUCAGCGGUCGGAAUCAUGAAUGGAGGAUCGCAAGGCAUUUUGUCAUGUGACACGAACAUAUAUGAACUUACGUAUGCCUUCGUCAACAACUCCAUGAGGAUAGUCAGCUCACGGACACCACGCACCAACGCUUCUAUCCCGUUUAAGGUUGGGAUCACAGCUUCAUGGUCAUACCAGCAACUUCAGAGCGGCGUCGGGAAUAGCUUCGUGGCCGCAGACUCCUCGGCAGACUUUGCUGCAAGAUUCGCUGCGAUUUUCGAUCAGACCCUCUUAUCGAUCCCUGCAGGUGUCAUGCAAUCUCGCCCUCCCCUGAACGUUUCCCGUCGCGUAACAACCCAAGUUACUCGCGUUCCUAGGCCUCCAUUUGUGUUACUUGUCCUUCUCAACCUACUCCACGCUCUCGUAAGUAUUGUGCUUACGGCGAGUGCGGUCAUGGCUAUCGCAAAGGGAAGAGGCGUACGAGAUGCGCAGGUACGGUUGAGUUUGGCAGCCAUUGUGGCGGAGAGAUUUGAGAAUCCGGCGCUGGGAGAUGACGCGAGGGAAAUAGAUGAAUUAUAUGCAGAGCGACGGGGACUAGCUACUAGAAAGGUGACGCUGCAGCGGAGGAAUGAAGGCGGGAGAAGGUAUGGGCUUGUUGUUGACCAGGGGACUGGAGAGGAGAGCAUUCCUCUACAAUCAACAAGAUAA